CAAACUCUUCUCUAGUUCCUAGACAUCACAAUCCAGCCGCAGGCUGCAUUCUCCCUCUUUCACAGGCUGUACCUUUGCCCAUCCAGAAACUCUAGCGGCUCUUCCCUUCUCCGCCAAACCCUAAGUGGGUGGGGAAGAAUCUCCCUCUCCUAUUGGCUGUCUUAAAUGUCACUUCGUUAUUUGCAGUUUGGAUAGCAACCAAAAGGGUAAAUGAAACUUCAGGAGGCUCGUUCCAUGUUGGAACCGUGAUUGGUGGUUACUAAGGCCAAAGGGCGGCCUGCCAGCCACCUGGCGAAACCCGUUUGGGGUCGGCCUUGCCUGAUGCCAGUGCCAGAGGAUCGAGUUUCUUUCUCAGCUGAAUCAUUUUUCUUAAAGACAUUCCAUCGGCCUUUUCUUUACCACCAAGUUCUUUGGAAUUGAGUUAUGUCCACAGCUGCUCUAAUUACUUUAAUUAGAAGCGGAGGGUUCCAGGUGAGAAGAAGAGCUCUGUUAACAUCACGUCUGCUGCAGGAUGACAAGAGAGUGACCUCCGCCAGCCCCAGCUCCACCUCUGAGCGAAGACUCUCUAGAUUCGAUCCUGACGGCAGCGGGCGACCAGCUACAUGGGACACUUUUGGGAUCUGGGAUAACCGCAUCGAUGAGCCCAUUCUUCUCCCUCCAAGCAUUAAGUAUGGAAAGCCAAUUCCAAAAAUUAGCCUGGAAAAUGUGGGCUGCUCCUCCCUUAUUGGAAAACGGAAAGAGAAUGAGGACCGCUUUGGCUUUGCCCAGUUGACCGAUGAAGUUCUGUACUUUGCAGUGUAUGAUGGGCAUGGUGGAUCUGCAGCAGCUGACUUCUGCCACACACAUAUGGAAAAAUAUAUUAUGGAUUUCCUUACUAAGGAGAAGAACUUGGAAACUGUGUUGACCAAUGCUUUCCUAGAAAUAGAUAAAGCAUUUGCACGGCAAGCAUCCUUAUCGGCUGAUGGCACUUUGCUGACCUCUGGGACCACUGCAACAGUAGCCCUGCUGCGAGAUGGUAUUGAGCUGGUCAUAGCUAGUGUUGGAGAUAGCCGUGCUCUCCUGUGUAGAAAAGGAAAGCCCUUAAAACUGACCACAGACCAUACUCCAGAGAGAAAAGAUGAAAAAGAAAGGGUCAAGAAAUGUGGUGGCUUUGUAGCUUGGAACAGUUUGGGGCAGCCACAUGUGAACGGCAGGCUUGCAAUGACAAGGAGCAUUGGAGACUUGGAUCUCAAAAACAGUGGUGUGAUCGCGGAACCUGAAACAAAAAGGAUUAAGCUGCAGCAUGCUGCUGAUAGCUUCCUGGUCCUCACUACGGAUGGAAUUAACUUCAUGGUGAAUAGUCAAGAGAUUUGUGACUUUGUCAAUCAGUGCCAUGAUCCUAAUGAAGCAGCCCAUGUUGUUACUGAACAGGCAAUACAGUAUGGUACUGAAGAUAAUAGCACCGCAGUAGUCAUACCUUUUGGUGCCUGGGGAAAAUACAAAAACUCAGAAGUCAGCUUCUCCUUCAGCAGAAGCUUUGCCUCAAGUGGACGCUGGGCUUAAUAGCUUGUGUCAGACGUUUCUCUGAAGCUGAGCGUUAUAGGAAACUGAACUAGAUUUACAAAAGAAAAAAAAAACAAAAGAACUGGUACCAGGAUCAUCUUGUGACUCAAUAAAUUAGUGCCUAAAUUGCUUUUAAGUUUAUUAUGCAUUUCCAUGUAUUGUUCAUAAGUAUCAUGGUUAUCUGUAAGCUCUAACUCAACUUGUUUGACAUAACAUUAUGGAUAAUCAAACUAAUGUGAGUCUUUGUGUACAAUGGGUAAAAGAAUCUCAUUAAAAAAACAAACAAGAAAGGGCUUGAGGUAACUGUGCUAACCACUUUAUUUAUUUUUCAGACUCCUAGGCAGCUCUUGGUUUUCAGUGAUGAUUUUCUGCUGCACAAGAUGAAACCUAACUUUAUCGUGUUUCUUUGUUUAUUUGGUUGUGUGUGUGUUUGAACAUAUAACCAAUAUGUUAGGUAUACACGUAACUUAAAAAAAUAAUCUAAUAACAAAAUAUUGAUUACAAUAAAUACAGAAAAAUCCAGGCCUUCUUACUUGUCACAACUGCUUUUAAAAAUUCUGGCCCUGUAAAUAUCUGGCUAUUAGAACUGGAAAAAAAUGGAAAUGAUUCAAAUUGAAAGUAAGGGGGUAUUCCUAAACUAUGGUAUUAUAAGCCCAGUUAUAGCUUUAUGAACAAUGGGCCUGUUUUUUCAAGUUACUUGUUUGUUAUUGGGUCUCUUAUAAUCAUUCAUUCUGUUUCCUAUAGGUGGCAAAGGUACACAGUAUGUUUCUCAACCAAUCUAGGAAAAUAGACUCAAUAGGUAAAAGGUCCUUUUGCCAGAAUAUUAUAAAGAAAAGUACUGAAGGUCUUCAAUACUGUAUGUGAAAUUUUCUGCUUUUAUCUCAAGUGUUUUAUAUGUAGAAUAUGUGUAUAUUAGUUUUUAUAUUGUGGAUAAUUUUUUGUGGGGGAAAAAGAUGGAUGUAGGCAUUAUUACGAGGUCUACUUAAUGGUGGUUUACUUUUGCUCUUUUCCAAAUUAAACUUAGAGCCUUGGUCUAUAGCAGAAAAAAUGAAAACUUUCUGCUUAAAAUCCUGUUUGUUAUGUGACUUGGUAAUGUAAGUUUAUAGAUUUUUUUUUCUCUAUUGCUGGCUUCUUUUGAUAAGUAAAAUUACCAGAUAGAAAUGGAUCUCAAAAUGGUGGCAAGGGAGCAUGAUUAUCUCAGUCAGUUAUUUCUGCAUAUGUCUCGGAGUAUAUGUUGUCUAUGAGAAAUGUGUGUGUGUGUGUGUGUGUGUAUAUAUAUAUAUAUAUGUGUAUAUAUAUAUAUAUAUACAUAUAUAUAUAUUUGGAAUAAUGCUAUUUCAUUGAAAGGGAACAAAAUCCUGUAUAGCUCUUCACUCAUUUGAGUUAAACUCUUGAUAUAAUUUUCCCUUUGGAUUUAUAAUCCAAAGCCAGGGAUCACUGUAAGAGGACUGGAAGUGGGAAGAUUGGGAUUACUUUUCAUGAGUCAUAUAAGUGUUAGUGGUAUUUGGAAAUUAUUAUAAAAAUUAACCGAUUUAGAAAAAUAAGAAACUCAACUAAAACGUUGAAGAUGCACUGACAUACUGAUAUCUCUUCAGGUAUUAAAGUGUUAUUUUGAAAUUCAAUCUCUUUUGUAGGAUAUGAAAAAAAUAGUUCUGAAAGUCAGGAAAUGAAAUGAAUUUAGAGUGUAAAAAGGAAAAAGAUUUUUAAAAAAGCCAUCAGCAUUGCAUAUAUACCACUCACUUAAAGUUUUUCAGAACAAAAAUAUUUUCUAUGAGAUUUUUAAGGCUUUAUUUAGGCACAGAGUCGUUCUACACAUUCCAUCUGCAGAAAAGGAAGUUUUAGGUCUCCUUAGCUUUACAUCAAGAAAAACUUCUGGGGCAGCUAGUUUGCUCAGUGGAUGGAGAGCCAGACCUGGAGGUAGGAGGUCCUGUUCAGAUCUGGCCUCAGAUAUUUUCUAGCUGGGUGACCCUAGGCAAGUCACUUAACCACAAUUGCCUAGCCCUUACUGCUCAUCUCCCUUGGAAUGAAAGAAAGAA